AUGGAAUUGCAGCAGAAGAUUGCGCGUAUAGAGCAGAAAGAGAAGGGCCAAGCAAGCCCUUUCAGCUCGAAUUUCGAUACUCAAACCAUUGAUCCCAAAGAUCGUGAACGUGUACCUACCCUGGAGAGGACUAGUACACCGGAUGAUCAUAAUGAACCCCGGGAGCUGGAGGAUCUAGACUCUGAGCUAGCCAACCCAUUAUCGUCUGGUCCUCCUGCUUUUAUGUCUGCAGCAAAUGGCCGCACCUGCAUGCACAUCAAGUUGUCACAGAUCAUUGCCGAGGUGAACAGCAGGCUUGCAGAUGAACUUCGCGAGUCAUUUCCGCUAUACUUGGACCCGGGCAGCGGAGUUUCUCGAAUAUCAGCAUACUUACAUCUUCAAUAUCACCAGUGUAUCAUCCUGGCCACCCGACCUCUCCUAUUCUGCUUCCUCAAAAUCCGCUUUGAGUCCCCAGAAAGCUGUCUAGAAUCCCUCAACGCAUCCCGAAAUGUCCGAAACCUGAUGCAAAUGUGUCUUGAAUCUGCCCAGAACAUCAUCAGUAUUCUCUCCAGUUUACAGAGCCAAGGCCUCUUAGAAACCUUUCUCCCCUUUGAUCUGGAAUCAGUCUUCGUAUCCACAAUCAUCCUCCUGAUGGGCCCAGCAAUCGACCCACGGGUGCUAGAAAGCCACCCCAACUGGCUGGAGAAAGCCUAUGCCAUCUUCGACGAAAUGAUCAGAGAUGGAAAUCAAGUUGCUAGAUUCCGGCGAUCCGAGCUCCAACAGCUACACGAGACAUUAUUAGGAUGUAUCUCUGGUGAUCAGCCUCGACAGUUAGCGGUACCUGAUUUCUUCCAGCAGGCUGAUGUUCUUCCUAACCCUGCUUCCCCUUCUGUAACACCAAUCCCUGGGGCUAUGCCUCAAUCUAUUCGAUAUGAUGAUGCGCUUCUGAGACCGGAUACGGAUUUGGAUGUGGAGUGUGACUUUAGUACGAUGCUGACUUCGGCUGAGAUUAUGGCUGUUGCGGACUCGAUUGAGAGUUAUGAUACUGAGUGGGUGUCUAAUGCGAUGGUAGAACAUAGUAUAUGGUAG